CAAGGCAGAAUGGAUAAAAGACGGCCAGAAGUGCCUAUGGCUGUCUGAGGAGUGGUUGUAGAACAGUCCAGAACAAAACAAGCACAUGGGGAGUGGUGAAAGUAAAAAAGUGGAUUGUUCAAGCUGUGAAUGGAGGAAUAUCACUAAGGUCUCUUUGGGAGAGUUUCUGAGAUGUUGUGACCAGCCAAUAAGUGAGGAGCAAGCCUGGGCCCUUUGCUUUCAAUGUUGCCAUAAAAUGAAGCAGUUGGCUCAGGACCCCCAGCCUGUGGUGAUUAAAGGUCUGGGAAGCAUCCUUAUCCAUUCUGAUGGUGCUGUUUCCUUCAUGGUGCAUCCUAAGCCUGAUGUUAACGAGACUCAACUGGAGGAGCAGUUGACAGAGCGUCUGGGAAUGGUGAUCUAUAAAGCCCUGGAUUGGGGGAUUGACAACCAUCUGGAGCGAGAGCUGAGUGAAUCGCUGGAGAAGCUGAUCUCCCUCCUCCUGAAAUUAGACACUGAGGCAACAAAACCAGCCAUCACUUUCCAGGAUGUCCUCAAGAUCUGUGAGGAGCAUUUGCCCAGGCCCUCUGAGGCUGCCAGCUAUUACAGAACAGUCUGCAGGGCUCUCUUUGCUGAGUACAUAGAUCUUCAGAAACUAAUGCUCACCCUACAGCGCUCCAAAGAGAGUCUACGAAGAAUGGAUGUGGAGGACUUGCUGGAAAAUGACACUCAGAAGGAGAAGGAUAAUUACUGGCAGGCUAGCUUGUGGCACGGUGUCCUCGGGGAGCUGCAGAAUGGUGUGAGGCUGCGCAAGGCCAUGGAGCGACCCCAACGUAGCAUUCCUCCCAAGGAAUACACCCGCUCUCCCUUUGAGCUCUUGACAGAGGACAUCCGAUGCAAGAGGUACACCCUCCGCAAGGUGAAGAUCAACAGUGAGCAAAACUGCAAGAGCUCUGAAGGCAACACAGGUCCUUCACAGCCUCCUUUAAAGCCAGUAAGUGACUUGUUUAGUUGUGAUGGCAUGAACAGAAGGAUCCCUGAACUGGCUGAAGCAACACUGACCUAUCCCAUUCACAAGUCCGGCAAGGCCUCAGAGAGGAAGCUGAAAGAGAACUCCCCCAAAGAACCCAGUCUGCACGACCUGCUCAUGACGGAAAUAAAACAGACACACAAGCUUCGGCCGUCUUCCACAGAGACAAAUGGGAGCAGGCACAAAGAUACCUUUGUGAUGCCAAUGUUUUCUUUGAAUUCCCUGUGUGGCAAUGUCUUAUCUGUCCAAAAUGCCAGUACGGGGCUUACAAUUCACAAAGUUAAAAAACAGCUGCUGAUCCCUAACUUGCUGGUCCCAGAAUUUCAGGAAGCAGACGGGGCAUUGAAAUACAACUUGGGAGUCAUCUCACACAGAUCUGUACUGACCUCAAGCAGCACAGAUUGCUCUGCAGACUGCACAUUUACCCCCAAGAGCAUGCCAGUGCGAGGAGACUGUAAAACAAGCAGCUUUCUGAAUCUAAAUCCGCGACAGCCUUUCUACCGAGGGAGGUCCAAGUCUUUAAGGAGUGCCCUUCAAAUCAAGGAAGAUGAUUACCCCUCUCCUACAAGUUGGCCAUCACCAACCAUUGCUGAACUGAUUGGAAGCAGAUAUGCCGUGAUGUCUGAAAUGGAGGGCUCCCACCAAAGAGAUGGUUAUAGUAGAUCUUCAAGAGCCAGGGUCUGUUUCAAUUGCCAUAAGCAGAUGGUCUUUCUGUGGCCUUACAGGUGUCAUCUCUGUAGCAGUGUCAUCUGCUGCAAUUGCUGCAUCAAGAUGUCUGUGCCCUCCAGACCAUGUGUGCAUCUUCCGCUUAGCUUAAUAAAAGCACUGAGACUCUCCAUGGAGGAGGACUCGGCUACCCAAGACCAGAAAUCCUCACAGUUGUUUUUUGAAGUAGAACAUUGGGAUUGUUCUAGAGUACCACUAGUGUUUGAACCCUAUUGCCUAGCACAGUCUCUUGCCUCUCAAAGAGAGACCGUGAUGGACUGGCCUUCUAUGGACGUCUGUACCAAAUGUGAGCAAUACCUGUUGCAUGUCCUCUCCUGCCAGCAGCAAUGCAUCCCUCCCAGGAAAAGAUCCAGGUCAUGGACUGAACUGGAAUGACUCCUCUCCAAAUGUGUCUCCUGUCCUAUUGAGUCCUUUACAUUUUUUGUGUGUGUUUUUUUUGUUUUUGUUUUUGUUUUUUUGCACCUGAAGAAGUGAAUAUAUUAACAUAAAGGCCUGAAUAAAAGACCCCCUGCUGGAUAUUCUUGGCUACCCAGAAGGCACAGCUGUUUACUUAUAGUGAAAUAGUGUAAAACAUUGUGGCUCUCAGCAAUCUGCUUUUAAUUUAUUUUUUUAAUAAAUUAAAUAAUAAAUGUUGAAGCACUAUCA